UCUAUAACUAUCUAUGGUUAAAGUUUUAUAAAUUUCUUUAAUUCAAAAGAGGCUCGUGGAAAUUUCGGUUUCACAUCACCAACACUAAUGAAAGGGUCCUAACUGUUUCUGUGGGAACUUAUCAAUACUCUUCAUAUUUCAUGGAAGAUGUCCAAACUGAACUGUCUUCUUAAAAAUGGGAACUUAUUAACACUGUUCAUGUUUCGUGUUUUUCAAAUGGGAACUUCUAUAUCCCCGUGUAAAAAAACAAAAUCUAUCGGAACUUAAUUUUAGAACUUCACCCCCGAACCCUAGUUCUUCCCAUCUUCAGCCACUGAGCACCCCUCACUUCGCAGCACGACCCCUCUCUUCUGUUCUUCGCGUUCAGCAGCUGAGCCACCCCUCUUUUCGCAGCACGCCACUAUCUCAGGCAGACUCCUCUCUUCACACGCAGCCCCCGCUACGGUUUAUUCAGCUUUUCUUGAGCUCUGAUCCUUGCUAUUGAUCUUGAGCUCUGAUCCUUGCUAUUAUCGAUCUUGAGCAUAGACUUUGAUGAGUUGAUUAAGAUUUUUCUAAGUUGCAACGGGGUGAGUUCCUUCUCCAGAGCCCCAUUUUCAAACAUUGGAUAAAGCAAAGUGAUUCGGUCUUGUGAAGUUUGUUAAUAGAUUGCAUCUUACUCGAGUGACAUAUAUUUUUAGGUUGGGAUAUGGAUGCAUCAGUGUUGAAUAUUAUUCUGGGGAAUUUGUGAAGGACAUAGUUCUAUAGACUUUAUCAAAUGGAUCCAGACAUGCAGCGCAUAGAACAAGGUCUGAUUGAGGUUGAAACAGAAGCAGAACAUCUUUUGUUGGCUCGGCAGCAGCUGGUUGAAAAUGACAAACUCAGAAAUGCAAAUAGAGAAGCCUUAACGUCUCUUCGCAAGAAAGCCAAGACAACAAAGACCAGUGUCCCCUCCCCGUUCGAAUCACUGAUGAAAGAAAUAGAAGUUCAUGAAUCAAGGCCCUUAGUAAAGGAGGUGUGCCAAACAUGUGGCCACCAUGAUUCGAAGGAGCAUACGUGGAUGAUGUUUCCUGGUUCAGAUGUGUUUGCUCGCAUUCCAUUUCAUGCAGCCCAUACCAUUGUGGAGAAAGAUCAAGAGCGGUUGGAUUAUGAAACAAAAAAGUUACAAAGCUAUGUGAAGGAAAAGUCUCUUAACAUUUCAGGGAAAGGGGUUCUUGCUGACAAGAUUGGUCCGGGUGUGCUAAGAUCUUUGGUAACCCUAACUGAUGCACCCAAGUAAGACCCAGUUUGUUUCGAGUGCUCUCCCUUUUGCCUCAGAUUUUAGCAACCAUGAUCACCUUUGAAUUGAAAAUCUGGGCUCCACUCAUGACAGUUUAUGUAAUCGUAUUUACAUGGUCAUCACAUGUUUUAUUUUUGCUCUCAUUUCCAGUAGAGCAAGUUGUUUUGUCAAAUUUUGUCCAUAGGUGAAAUACGACGCGGUUGGGGUGUACAAUUAGUUUAGCGUGCAUAUACCAUGCUCCUGCAGGAGCAAUCUUUCCAUUUGCUCCCUUGGGUAGAAAAUGUACUGGAAAAGAUUUUUUGGAUCUGAAAAUUUGGGAUGCAUAUAAAUAUCAUCAGAUGGUU